AUGUCUGACUUGAAGCAAUUCAUUCAGACUAUCAGGAAGUGGCUCUCCCAGUGGGUCCAGGAUACUCACUGUCCGUUCCUGCACAGGCAAUUAUACUCCGAAUCUAGGCUACCACUAUGUUUGCAGGAUGCUUUUGCAGCUGUGGCCUUAUACGAGAUAAAGAAUGACAAAAAUGAAGAAGUCCUUAUGAGGAUUAUAGAAGAAAACGCCAACAAAUUACUGAAUGAGCAAUCAUUUGUCACAGAAUCCGGAGUAGGAGGUCCUGCCUCUCUCCGGACGGUUGAGCAACUUGCACGCGUACAAGCGCUCUUCAUAUACCAGUUCAUCCGCUUAUUCGAUAGAGAUAUUCGACAACGAGCACAAGCUGAAGCCCUUAUCCUAACUCUGAACGGCUGGAUCAACAAGCUUUGGGAAGCAGCUAACCUAGAUGCCUAUCUUGAGACCUCGUUUGGCUUCGGCGGGCUAUUCUCUCAAGGCUUAGGCACUAAGAGCUUGAAUGACCCUUCAGGCCAACAGUGGCGCGACUGGUUACUCGCAGAGAGUGUGCGCAGGAUCUGGCUCAUUGGCAACUAUGUGCAGUGCGUGUACCUGAUGAUGCGAAACCGUCAAACCAGCUGCUCGGGAGGCGUGUCCUUCACAGCGCGUCGGGGCCUGUGGGAUGCGCAGUCUGCAGAGACUUGGAUGCGGCUUGUCCGAAGUAAGGAUCCAUUGUUCGUGCGCUGCCAUGAGACAGAUCUGAUUAUUCCGUUUGUUGAGGUACCAGAGGUCGAUGUUCUUUGCUUGUCCAUCAUGGGCAUCAUGUGGGGUGCGCCUAAGUUGGACUAUUGGGUGUCUAAGUUAGAUGCGCAACUGGAGUUGGUGCUCGGAAAGUGA